AAGGGAUUAGAGAGCGAGAGAGAGAGAGAGAGAGAGAGCUGGAAGUUAAACUGUGCUGCAUAUUAAAAAAAAAAAAAAUGGGCGGAUUGGUCUCUAGCUGAGAGCUUGGUACCACCUUCCUUUCUAAAAUAAAAUCUGCCUGGCAUGAAGUCACAGCCUAUUUCACAUCCGGUUUACCCCGGGACGUACUACUACUGUCUUGGUAAAGAGCAACGCUUUUUGUUGUAGAGCUGCGAUCUGGAUCCCCGGGAAAGGGAAUUUGGGUGUUGGAAAUCGGAGAGCAAAGCGGCGGCGGCAGCAGCAACAGCGGCGGCGGCGGCGGCAGCGGCGGCGGCAGAGUCCAUGAUGGCUGAGAGCGCCUAAAUGAGUGAGCCGAGCAGCCGGUUCUUCGCGGCUCCCAGGCGCCCUCUCCCCUGCCAGCAGCAGCAGCCGCGGCAUCUUGGGCGAUUCUCCCAGGCGAUUCUCCCGGACUUUGCCAGCACCUCGGUGGGGUCUCCAGCUGAACACCUGUAAUCUACCAUGAAGAGGAUGCACCUUCUCUGUGACCGCCUUUGGGCCUGGGUUCUCCUUAUGAGCACACUAACUGGACAAAGCUAUGGACAGUCAACUUCCUUACAAGAUGAAAUUAAGGACAACACAACAAUAUUCACUCGAAUUCUGGACCGCUUGCUUGAUGGUUACGAUAACCGCCUGAGACCUGGAUUGGGAGAGCGUGUAACUGCAGUGAAGACCGACAUCUUCGUCACCAGCUUUGGGCCUGUUUCAGACCAUGAUAUGGAAUACACAAUAGAUGUAUUUUUCCGGCAAAGCUGGAGGGAUGAAAGACUGAAGUUCAAAGGACCCAUGCAAGUCCUCCGACUUAAUAAUUUAAUGGCCAGCAAAAUAUGGACACCAGAUACUUUUUUCCACAAUGGAAAGAAAUCAGUAGCUCACAACAUGACUAUGCCUAACAAACUCUUGCGAAUUACGGAAGAUGGGACACUGCUCUAUACAAUGAGACUCACAGUGAGAGCAGAAUGUCCAAUGCAUUUAGAAGACUUUCCCAUGGAUGCACAUGCUUGCCCUUUGAAAUUUGGAAGCUAUGCUUAUACGAAAUCAGAGGUGAUGUACGAAUGGACACGGGAACCAGCAAGGUCUGUUGUAGUAGCUGAAGAUGGCUCUCGGUUGAAUCAAUAUGAUCUCAUGGGACAAACCGUAGAUUCUGGAAUUGUGCAGUCCAGUACAGGAGAGUAUGUUGUGAUGAUGACCCAUUUCCAUUUGAAGAGAAAGAUUGGUUACUUUGUCAUUCAAACAUACCUGCCCUGCAUCAUGACAGUGAUUCUAUCCCAGGUAUCCUUUUGGCUCAACAGAGAAUCUGUUCCAGCAAGAACUGUCUUUGGAGUGACAACUGUGCUGACAAUGACCACCCUGAGCAUCAGUGCACGGAAUUCUCUCCCCAAGGUGGCUUACGCCACUGCUAUGGAUUGGUUCAUAGCCGUGUGUUAUGCGUUUGUUUUCUCGGCACUGAUUGAAUUUGCAACAGUGAACUACUUUACAAAGAGAGGCUAUGCAUGGGAUGGCAAGAGUGUUGUUCCCGAAAAGCCAAAGAAAGUAAAGGAUCCUCUGAUUAUGAAAAACAACUCGUUCACAGCACCAGCGACAGCAACUAGCUUCACCCCUAAUAUCGCAAGGGACCCUGGACUAGCUACCAUUGCUAAAAGCGCAACAAUAGAGCCAAAAGAUGUCAAAUCUGACGCAGCAAAACCUCCAGAACCCAAGAAAACUUUUAACAGCGUCAGCAAAAUUGACCGACUAUCAAGAAUAGCAUUCCCAUUGCUUUUUGGGAUUUUUAAUUUAGUGUAUUGGGCUACCUAUUUAAAUAGAGAGCCCCAGCUUAAAGACCAAAACCCUCCUCCUCACUAACCCCAUUAACCAUAUAUAUAGUUUGUUCAGUCUCUUUUGCACUGGGGAUUGUCUUAUUAAUAUUAUUAUUUUUGGUUUUAAACACACAGCAAUUCCCAUUUGCUUCAUUGCCUCUGUCUUAAAAGAAAUUGAGAUUUCCUUAUUUUAUGAAGUAAAAGUAUAUUAUAUAUAUAUAUAUAAAUAUAUAAUAGAAAAGAUAUUAAUUCUGUACUCUAGGGCUGUAACAAUGUGAUGUAGACACCUGAUUCUGAACCGUGAAUCUGAACAAGAGAGGGAAAUGUAAGAAAUCCAAAUCACUUGUAGAUAGCCUAUUGCUGAAUGUUCCCAUAACAGAUGCUGUACAUGUCAGAAGAGAAAUAUUUUUAUGCAAAAUGAUAGAAGGUAAAGUAGUCUUUAUAUAUGUUCAUGUUGCACAUAUGGUAUGGUAUUUUCCAUUUUUGGAGUGCUACUUAUUUUCAGUUCUUUUAUAGAAUAUAUACAUCUUUCCAAAGUGGUGGAUUCCAGAAAAUACAAUAUUUUUCCUAGAUUUAUUUUUCUUUCUUUCUUUGCCUAAAUUACCAACCACCAGUUUAAAAAGUAUAUAAUGUUAUUUACAUAAAAGGAAGCCUACUUACUAAUGGUACAGGUUAUCACAGAAUAGCACAUUUGAUUAACGAUGAUGAAUGCUUUAAUAUGCUCUCUCGCUGCAGUCUUAUUUUAAGCAUCAGAUUGUCACUUGACUUGAUAAUAUUGAAUCUAUUGCACAUUAAGUGCAGAGCUCUAAUUACUUCUAACGCGUUAGAGAAAUCGACUCUUGGAUUAUUUACAGGGUGAAUUUUUUGUUUUGGUUAGGUUUUUGUUUGUUAUAGGAAGAGGGAAAAAACAAGAACACAGUUUUGCAAGCUCUAGAAAAGUUGAAUGUAUUAUUUUAUAAAACCGUACAUUAAAAGCUUUAGAUUGAAAUAUAAGGAUAGGAGAAAGACAAAAUCUAUUAUUUCGAUAAUAUUUGUAAAUAUACAGCAUGAGAUUGUACAUUUUUUUACUUUUUUAUGUUCUUAAUAUAUUGUGUACGGUUCACCUCUCUAAGCUCUUAAUAUGUUAUAUUUUAAAAAGAAACAUAUUUAGAGCCUGCAGUUAAAAAAAAAAAAGGAGUCAGUGGCAUUUGAAAGAAAAUGAAAAGACUAAAUGUAAGAAAGAAAAAGAGGAGAGCUUGGAAUUAGUUCCAUUUGUAAAGUGGCUAUCUGUACAGUACUUGCAGGUUGAAGCUGUCAUCCAGUGUAUAUUAUUAGGCUAAGACUGGUAUGCUCAGGUAACGCGUGAAUACAAAAAAAAUGGAGUUAUAUUUGGUAGGAAAAUGGUAAAAUAUUUAAGACAAAAAUCAUCUGUAUAUUAUUGCUAUAUUUGCUGAUACAUAACUGUUAAUUAUAAGUGAUGUAAUAUAUGUAGCAUUAAAUACAGAAAAAAACAUACACAAAAGAAUGUACAGGAAAAUACAUUUUAUUGAGUAAACUUAUUACAUUUCAUUUUUACUGUAGCAAUAUAUUUGUAGGAACAAUAUGUAAGGGCUUUAAAUACAAGAUGUCCAUUUUGCAAGUUAUUAGUAUUCCCUUCAAAAAAAUAAUUCUAGCCAGUUUCAUUUCUGAUGAGAAUUUAUUUUAAGAGGGGAGAGUCAAAUUUCAGAGACGGAUAUUUUCAAAAUGUUGGAGACACUGAUGGGAUUUUGGAAGCAUUUAACGCAGUGGUUCAGAAUCCAUAACACAUGGUAGUGAAUGCAUUUUAAAAAAACAAUGCUACAUGGACCUUCAAUCAAAAUAGCUAAUAAGAUAGUCAGUUUGAUAUCUAUACAUGUUACAGGCAAUGUUUUAUAUACUCUUUCUCAAUAAAUCAAGAGGUUGCUGCUCACUUAGUAUCUACAAAAUGAAAUAGUUAACUUUUUCUUUAGAAAAGGAGACUUUUUUUAAACAAAAAAACUAAUGCUUCAUUGUCUACCAUUUAGUCCUGUCUAAACUUGAUGAGCGAAUUUGAUUGGAGCUUGCUAAAGGAGGAUGUGUAAUCUUCUGGUAUUAUGUGUAGAUAUAUGUAUAGAAAAUAAAAUAAAAUAAAAUAAAAUACGACUCUUUAACUUC